AGGUCCCAGUAAUUUCAGUGACAGUUGAUGACACCACCGGACUUUCCCUCUUUACCCAAAAUCUCAGAGCACCAUAGCAAAGCUCUGCAACUAGAUCCAAUCCUAAUUUUCCCGGGAAAAUCACAAAAGGACUCCACUUUCUCACACCCAUUUCCAAUCCAAACAUGGCCAAUGCUUGGAAACGAGAGAAACCCAUCAGACCCAUCUUUCUUUUCUGCUCCGCCACUCUCUUCCUCAUCUUCUUCCUCUUCUUCCUCAGCUUCCGCCCCUUUCAAAACCCUAGCCUCCUAAACCCUAACCCCAUAAUCCAAACCCACCUAAACCCAAACCCAAUCCGCGGCCCAAUCCAACCUUUCAACUGCGAUCUAUGCCCCCAAUCUCACCCAGUAAUCGCCAACGUCGUCGAGGGUCUCCAGUACCCUUUCCUCUACUCGCUCGCCGAUUUGGGGAAACUGCCGGAGAAGCCCCACAAGAACAUUGUGAGAAUGCUGAAGGGGAAGCCUUUCCGGCGACCCGACAUUUCGGAGACGAUUCAGGAGGUCUUGGGGAGGUUCAGGAGUGCAGGGAAGGACAAUGGGCUUGUAGUCGACGUCGGCGGCAAUGUGGGCAUUGCCAGCUUCGCCGCCGCAGUGAUGGGCUUUCGGGUUUUUGCUUUCGAGCCGGUUUUGGAGAAUCUGCAGAGGAUUUGCGAUGGGAUUUACUUGAAUCGUGUUAGGGAUUUGGUCACUGUGUUUGAGGCCGCUGCGUCGGACCGCCUCGGCAAUAUUACCUUCCAUAAGUUGGUUGGUCGUCUGGACAAUAGUGCUGUUUCAGCCACUGGUGCAAAGUUGGCUUUUAAGUCUAAUGAAGAGAUAGCAGUUCAAGUAAGGACUGUCCCUCUUGAUGAUGUAAUUCCAGAAUUUGAACCUGUUCUUGUGCUCAAGAUUGAUGUUCAAGGCUGGGAAUAUCAUGUGCUGAAAGGAGCUAAGAAGUUACUAUCAAGAGCUGCAAGUGAAGCACCAUAUCUCAUUUAUGAGGAAGACGAGCGUUUGUUGGAAGCCAGUAAUAGCAGUAAAGUAGAGAUCCGAAAGUUCCUCUCUAGUGUGGGUUACCGUCACUGCACGCAGCAUGGCACAGAUGCACACUGCACCAAGGAGGGUUAACACAUAUAUUGUGCCUUGAGUUUUGCCGCAAGAAACAGUACCAAACUAUAGUUGAAAAAAUUCUGAGACAGAUUACUCGAACAUGAUUCUCUCAGAUAAGUUACUCAAUGGUCUUUACAUAUAUCACUAUAGCAACAUGAGAAACCGCAUCCUGAAUGGUGGAAAUCUGUAACAUAUCUAACUCCAUGUCUGGUGGUUGAAGACGAGCUUUUUUAAUUGUUUUAGGAAACCUCCUAUUGAAAGACAUUGUUAUUGUAAGGUGUUCUGGUGUAGAAAAAUCUGUUCAUUGAGAUAAUUUCUUUGAAUAAUCUAGGAUGUAAACUUUGUGUCAUGUAGUCAGUUUUAAACAUUGGUUUUUUUCA